AUGGAGAUUACUAUUGAGAAUUUUGAACAAAGAUUACCUUUAAUAAAGGAAUCUAUUUAAACAGCAGAGUUUAUUGCUAUUGAUACUGAGUUUUCAGGAUUUUAAGUCUCUGAUGAUGAUAAACCUCAUGAUUAUGACACUGUAGAAGAGAGAUACUAAAAGAUAAAAUACAAUGUGCAAAAAUAUCUUGCAUUCUAGGUUGGAAUUUGUACAUUUCACUGGAUAGAGAAGGACAAGAAGUAUACUUGUAGACCUUUCUGCUUUUAUGUAUAUCCUAGAUCGAAGAUUGGUGAAUGUUCUCACAUGAUGUAGAGCUUUUCUCAGUUGAGUAAACUUGAAGAAAUAAAGGAAAAAUGCAUGAAAAAAGCUUAGAAUCUGCUGAUACGCUAAAGACAGAUAAGUUUAUUAAGUAUCAAUCAUCAGAUGAAAUUACAAGAAAUGAUGGCUUAAAUUGAAGAAUGGGUCUAUGAAGCAAACUCUGGAGAAACUCUUGAGUUCCAAAUUGACUCCUACUGCUUGUAAAAAGCACUAUCAAAGUAUGUUCGUAAUUACUAAUCCAAAUUUAGAGAACUGACAAAAUAGUAUAUAAGCAGAGGAGUUUUUGCUGAAUUUGAAAGAAACAAGCCAAGAACAAUAAUUAAAAAGACCAGGGGUUUCAAAUAAAGGAAUUUCCUAAGGGAUGUUGGGGCUGUAGCUGAUAGUCAAGACUUAUCAUAAGUUGUGCUUGGAUUUUAGGACGAUGAAGUUAUAUAGAAAGAUAAGUCCAAGAGGUAAAAGAUGCAGAAGAAAGAAAAAAUAAUUGAGUUGACUGAGGAAUAAAAGAUAAUGUCGCAACUUUCACAGUAACUAACUUAGCAAGCUUAAGCAGAUACUUAUUGGAAUACUGCUCAGAAAACUGAGCAAGAUAUAGAAAAAGAUUACUAAGAUCUUCUAAAUGCAGAGCUAGGCUUCUCAAGAAUUAUCUAGUUGAUGAUAGACUGCAAGAAACCUCUAAUUGGUCAUAAUUUGAUGUUUGAUAUAUGCUACAUCUACAACUAAUUUAUAGAUAAUCUGCCUAGCACCUUCAACGAGUUUAAAGAGCUAUGGCUUUAAAAUUUCUGCUCAACUUAUGAUACCAAAAUUUUAUCUGAGUAUACUAAGAGAUUUGGCAAAUCAGAAUUAGCUUAUCUGUUUUAAAAAUGCAAAAAGGAUAGAACUUUUAAGAAUAAUGUAGUGAUUGAAUUAGAUGUGAAUUAAGACUCAAAAUUUGGGGUAUAUAAUGCCAAUGGCACAGGAAACACCACAGAUGAUUUGAAUGGACAAAACCAUGAUGCAGCUUAUGAUGCCUUUAAUACUGGCUAUAUAUUUAUUGCAAUUUCAAAGUAUAUAGAAAUAGGCAAAGUAAUUCUCCCUUCUUAAUAGGCAAAUCUAUCUCAAUAAACUGAUACGUCUAAGAAAGCAAAAGGAACUAGUAAAUAGAAAACAAAUGAAUAAGAAGAUAAUAAAGUGAUGAAGUCGAACAAGUCAAAGUAGCCAGAAAUUAUUCAGAAAGGAAAGCGUUAACAGCCAUCUAGAAAAGUUUCAAGUCAUAGUGUUUUUGAUAAGGAAAAGGACAUUGAUUUAAGUGAUUUACUCGAUGAAGAAGAAAAAGAAUUAAAGCCAAUUAAUAAAAAACUAUCUAAAAAAUAGUAAUAGCUCUUGUAGAAAUAAAACUCAAUUUAAGAUAAUGAUGAAAUAAUUGUCGAAGUAGAGAUGAAUAACAAUUCAAGGCCCAAGCAUUAUUUCAUGGUGCAGAAUAAACCAGUUUAUUAUGAAGAUUUAGAGGAAUUUCAUAAUAAAGUAAUGCUAAGUCGAGAUAUUCCAAGAUACUUUCAUUUCUAAGGAGAAUUAACAGAGGCAGAGAAGGAAAAUGAGAUGAAAAUGGCGUCUAGCGUUAUGUAACUGUCACUUAACGAUAAAGCAGAUCUUAGCGCCUUAGGCAUCUUAUUUAGUACAUACGGGGACAUAAAUAUUGUAAAAGUAAAUGAUUAUGUUGUGUAUGUGGAGUUCACAUUCUUUGACAAAGCAAAGAUCAAAUCUAGGGAUAUAGAGGAACUUAUUAAGACUCUAGCAAAGUUGGAUAAAGGUAAAAAGGGAAAGAUGUUUGAAAAAAUUCUAAAUUAUAAUCUUGGCUUGAUUUCUCUAACUUCAUUGGGCAUAUACAAAUUAUUUGGAUUCUUCACUGCUAAAAGUUAGGAAAUAAGCAAGUUUAGAUAAGAAAUAGAUGAUCAUUAAAUAAAGUGCCAAGAUUACAAUGAUCAAUUUUAGGGUAUUACUGGUAUUUUUUCUAAUGAGACGGAGGAUGAUACCAUUUAUACAAAUAUAUUGAUUAAGAAAUAUUAUCUGCCCUAAGGUAUUCCUAAUAUUGGAAACACUUGCUACAUGAACUCCUUGCUCUAGGCUUUAACAGGGUGCAAGCUAUUUAUGGACUAUGUUAGGAAACUUUGGAAAAACAUUACUCCUAUAAACUCAGACAAUGAUUCUAUUAUUGUUUUUAAGCUACUUGUACUGCUAUUGGACUUAAGCAGAGGGAACUCUGAAGUUGUCCCUGACGAUCUAUAUUAAAUGAUGUGUGAAAAUUUCACCACUCAUUCGGAGUAGAUGGAUUCGCAUGAACUGCUAAUUUAUCUCCAAGAAAGGAUAACCAAAAUAGCAGCAAUGCAUCUUAGGAAUAUGACAUAUGACGAAGGUCUAGCAUGUCCUGAUCUGAUAAGUGUCUCCACAAAGUCAAGUCAAGACUUAAACGAAAAGGAAUCAGAUAUAGAUGAUAAUUUGCUUAUUUCUGAAGAUGUCAAGCAUGGUUCAAUAUUUGAAGAUAGCCCAAUUAGAUAGAAAGAAGAAGAAGACAGAUAGAACUAUUUGAUGCAAUUGAAAGACGAUGUAAAGUUGAGUAAGUUUAUAUCGGGCAGAUUGCUUAGAGGUGUGCUACAAUUCAAAGAGUUAAGUACUAACAAAAAAUUAGGACUAAAUCCGUUUGCUGGAGUGUAUAUGAGCACAAUAUAGUGUGUAAAUUGCGGACCUGAUGAAGCCAUACACAGAUGGGAAGUAUUCUACGACCUCAGCGUGGAUGUAAAAAAGAAUAUAUAUCAAUCCCUUGAACAAUUCUUCAAAAGUGAAUAGAUUGCAGACUAUACCUGCAUCAAGUGCAGUUUGAGAGUGUACCUAGCUAAUCAAUCAAUAAACCAAAGGUAAAUCAAUUUCUAUAUAUAACUUUCAGCAGGAGUAAUGAUUUGGAAUAUCAAGAGGCAAUAAAUUAAUUAUAAAAGAUAGAGAAAAUCCAUGACUUGGAUGAAGAUAUAUUCGAAAAUUUUAUGCAUUCACUUGAAAAGAGUCAGCUACUCUGUCACUGGUCAAAUGAUUUUAAAUUCUGGCAAUAUAGAAUACCCGGAAAUCCUUGACUUAUCUAAGAUCGUAAUUUAAUAUAUGCAUGGUUAACAUUUUCAUUAGCAAAGAAAUAAGUGUGAUGUUGCAAAUAGUAAUAGCUAUGAGCUAACUGCUGUUAUUUAGCAUUUUGGAAGUGCUUAUGGAGGUCAUUAUAUAGCAUGCAAGAAAUUAUUCCCUAUUGCAAGGUAGACUAAUAAAUAAAGAAGUCAUAACAGCACUUGGGUUUGCUGUGAUGAUGAGAAAUUAAACUAUAUUGAUUCUCGCUAGAUUGUUUUUGAAAUGCUAAAAUCUGGAAACAUCUACAAACUAGGCGAGGGACCCAUCAACUAUGGCUGGAAUCUAAGAUUCUUCGUAUUAGAUGAAUUGAAUCAGGAUCUGACUUACUAUUAGAAUGAGGAAGAGGUCAAGCCGAAUGGAACUAUCCAUCUUGUUGAUGCACUUAUAAGUAACAUUACUCUCAUCAAAGAGAGAGAACAUUCUUUUUCUAUUUAAACAGCCCCGCCAAAUGGAAAAACUUACUUUUUAUCUUGCAACUCUUAAGAAGAAUCAAAUGAAUGGCGAGAUGCUAUUAUUACAGCAAGUACAAAACACAAAAUUCACAUGGCUUAGGCUAGUUUUAACAAUAAAACCGGACCAAAAGAUCGAUUUAACUCAAUGGGUGGAGCCAUUAAUGGUGGACCAUGGAAAAAAGACGAUGACUAUUUCGAUGAGAAUAUGCUGCUUCAAGAUGAUGGCAACUUUUUUGAUAUUUAAAAGGUCAAAAGAAAAACUGAGACAGGGGGUCUUAGCAAAAACAUUAAUUCACUAAGUGGUUUUUUGAACUCAAACAACUCCCCUGAGCAGCCACUUAGACUUAGCAAGUUUAAAAGAUCUCCUCAAGACUUUACCCCAGGAUCAGACAAUUUCAGUAAUGAAUCAAUUGAUGAAAGGCAAAACCCUAUUAAUCACAAAUCUCUCGGAAAACAGAAACUUUACAACAGAAGUAAACUUGGUGCAAAACUUGACAUGGGAUAAUUGACUCAGGAAUAGGCUUAGUAUCUGAAGCUAGUUUAAGAUAUGAUAUAAGAAGAUUAAGGGUUGAAACCUAUCAACUAAGCAUGGGAAGCAGUUACUGUAUAAAAUGGAGUAUAGAUCUUCGCCCUCAAUCCAAAAUCCCAUCGUCUUAUUAUCGAUAAAAAAUAGAUCAUGUCCUAGGUAAAGCUACUUGGCAUAAUGAUGGUAGUCCUCUAUUUUUUGAAGAGCGUAUUUGGAAUUGACAUCGACUAUUUCUAUUUAGGAAUAUUGAUCUAGAUAUUGAAUUUUAAGAGCUCUAAUGGAAUAUUGACACUAUAAAGAAAAUAUGGCAUGUUAAAGGCUAGAACUUUGGUCUAGGGAGAUUCAGAGCAGAUUGGAAACGAGAUUUUGAAGUGCUAUAAAGAUAAUCAUCAAGACUCCUUUGAUUUUAUGACUAUUACAGUGAAGGAGUUAAACAGAGAUGAGGAUAAGCAUGUAUUGAACACUGAAGAAACAUUAGAUCUACCAUCAGACUAUGUUGUAAGAUAGUUUCUAGAGAGAAGAUCAGUUAAAAUGCUAACUUAUUGGUGCUAGGAUGAAAGUGGAAAUUUCUAUGUCCUCAGAAAAUCUCAUUCCUAAUCAAGUAAAUCUGGCAAGGUCUUAAACAAUGUGAUGGAGGCUUACAUAUGUGUUCCAAUUGAGAAUAAUAAAUCAGAGAAAUGUAUAGUUUACUUUUUUUCUGAUUUCAAUUAUGGAGAGCAGGGUCCAUCAAUCGUAAUGAAUAGUUUACUUUAAGACAAAAUAAAGGUAAUGAGAAUGGGAAUAUUAGCAUCACUAGCUCAGUACUAGAAAUACUUGAAUGAAAGGCAAAUUAGACAUGUUUAUCAAGUGACCAGGGAUGUAUAGUAAUAAAUAGUGAAUAAAAACAUGGAAAUAUUUGAUGGUCCACUCUUAAUGGCAGACUUGGAUGAUGAUGCUAAAUUCGGGGGUCGAACUCAUUCGAUUUCUUCCAAUUAGGGGGACUUCUUUAAUGAAAAUAGAUAAUAAUACAGAGGCUCAGUUAAUGCUCGAAUCAUAGGAGAGGCUGGAGGAUAAUUAAAAAAGAUAAAGGAAAAUCCAAGGAACAUUUCUGUUAGGCCUGGCUAGAGAAUUGGUAUCAGUGAUAGGUUCCCUGGUUACUUCAGGUUAGAGACUGGUGCUUUGUGGUGUCAUAAUCAAGAUGAGUUAAGUUCAUAAUCCGGAAUAUUCAUGGAGAUUCUUUAGACAGCUGGUAAAAAGCUAAUGGAAGGAAGAGGAAUAGUUGCUGUAAGUUUGCCAGUCAGAAUUUUCGAAAAGAGAUCUACUGUAGAGAGAAUCUGCGAUUUAUGGUGUACUGGUCCAAUCUUUUUAAAGAAAGCUGCUCUUGAAGCUCUGGGAGAUCCUCUAGAAAGAAUGAAAUAAGUUAUAACAUUUGUUAUCAGUGGAAUGCAUUAAGUUGCAAGCCAAAGAAAACCAUUUAAUCCAAUUGUAGGAGAAACCUUUGAGGGACUAUGGCCAGAUGGUUCUAGAUUAUAUGUAGAGCAUGUAUCACAUCAUCCUCCCAUCUCUUGUUUCUAAGUUGAGAAUAUAGAUGGUCUCUUUACUUUGGAGGGAUCUUAUGAGUAUACCGCUAGGGUAACAGAUUUAGGUAACUCAGUGACAGGUAGAUAAAUCGGCAAAAAUAGAGUUAAAUUCUAAGAUGGUUCGUUCGUUGAAUGGGAAUACCCAGUGAUGAGAAUAUCUGGACUUAUUUUUGGAAAGAGAACUACAACUUGGCUUGGGUCAUUUGAAUUUGUUGAUAAUAAGAAUCAGCUAAGAGCUUAAUUAGAGUUUAGCAAAGAAGGAGGUUUCUUUACUAGGCAGUCACUUCCAAUUGAUUGUAUUGAAGGCACAAUCUAAGGAUAGGGAUAGGAGGUCUCUAAAAUUUAAGGAUCUUGGCUUGAGUUCCUAAGAUUUGAUGACAAGUUGUAUUGGGAAUUGGAAACUUGCGAUACAGUAAGACCAGUAGCUAUUGAUAAAUGCUUGCCUUCUGAUUGCAGAUAUAGAGAAGACUCAAUUGCUUUCGGAGAGGGCGAUCUUGAUAAAGCUUAACAAGAAAAGGAGAGAUUAGAAGAGCUCCAAAGAAAGGAUAGAAGAUUAAGAGAACUUGCAGUAAAGAGACAGUAGAGGAUAAGAUUCAAUUGA